AUGGGAUUCACAACGGCAACCGAAAUGCACGCGCGAAGAAGCGAGCUCAUCUCGAUUACAACAGGAUCAAAGCGUCUGGACACAUUGCUAGGAGGCGGUGUUGAAACCGGCUCGAUCACCGAGAUCUUCGGAGAGUUCAGAACGGGAAAAAGUCAGAUUUGCCAUACUCUUGCUGUUACUUGCCAGUUGCCAUUCGACAUGGGCGGUGGUGAAGGCAAGUGCCUAUACAUCGAUACAGAGGGAACGUUCCGCCCAGUCCGAUUGCUUGCAGUCGCCCAGCGAUAUGGCCUCGUUGGCGAGGAAGUGCUUGAUAAUGUGGCGUAUGCACGCGCAUACAACUCAGAUCAUCAGCUGCAGCUGCUCAACCAGGCUUCUCAAAUGAUGUGCGAGACACGAUUCUCACUCUUGGUGGUUGAUUCGGCAACGUCUCUAUACCGAACGGAUUUCAACGGUCGUGGUGAGCUUUCGUCACGGCAGACUCAUUUGGCCAAGUUCAUGCGUACGCUACAGCGUCUUGCGGAUGAGUUUGGAAUCGCUGUUGUGAUUACGAACCAGGUCGUUGCUCAGGUUGAUGGCGGACCAAGUGCCAUGUUCAACCCUGAUCCGAAGAAACCUAUCGGUGGUAAUAUCAUUGCUCACGCCAGUACGACACGACUCAGUUUGAAGAAGGGUCGUGGUGAGACUCGAAUUUGCAAGAUUUAUGAUAGCCCUUGCCUUCCGGAGAGUGACUGUCUCUUCGCCAUCAACGAGGAUGGUAUUGGUGAUCCCUCUGAGAAGGACCUGGAGGAUAAAUGA